UCUCUCCACUUUCCUCUCAACCAUCACCGUGUCUACAGCUAAGAAGAACCUCUCCUCCUCCUCCUCCUCCUCUUCUUCCUCCUCCUCCAGCGAAGAAGAACGUGAAAGAGGGAGAUAAGAGAAAGCUUGAUAAAAGAGAGAGAGAGAAAGAAAGAGAGAGAGAAAAAGGAAAGUUUAAAGUUAUUAUCUCUCAUUCAUUCACUCGCUAACUUUCACUUUCCCUCUCACUCGUUUUAGCGUGAGAGAGAGAGAGAGAAAGAGAGAGAGAGAGAGAGAGAGAGAGUCAGGUGUUUUUCCUCACCUGCUAAAACACACCGGAGCAAUAUGACAGUGCCUUGUGACGAUGACGGGGGGAAAGUGAAGGGAGCCUGGGGCAGCAUCCGACAUCACUGUACAUGGAAAAGAGAACUUAUACCCAUCAAGCUGAUUCUCUUUCUCUACACGGGAGGCAUGACCGCGUUCCUGCCUUUCCUGACGCUCCAGAUGAAACAGCUGGGCAUCACCGUCAAGGAAAUCGCCAUCAUCCACGCCUUCCUCCCCGUCGCUUCGCUGCUCGGCCCGCCAGCGUCAGGUCUUGUAGCGGACAUCUUCCACCGGUACCGCGCCGUGCUGGGGGGGAAUAUCGUGCUGACCUUGACCUUACACUGCCUGCUCCUACAAGUCCCCAGCAGACCCCGCGUGACCCUCAACCUCUCAUGCGACCAGGGGGGGCACGCACUCACCUGGGGGUACUGCUCUCCCUGCCACGGCCGGGGACCAGGGGUAGUUGGGGUGGGAGAGGAAGAGGGGCUGAGGAUGAGCUUUCCAGAGUCGAAUAUUCUGACGCUAACGGAAUGUCGCUCAACGUGUCCAGACGUGUCGGAGGUUCAAAUGUGUCUUCACGAGGGGGGGGCGGGGGGGCGACACGCCUGCCACACACUCAAUGCCAGCAGCGAGCUAACCCUCCAAGGCUCCUUCCUCUCCUGGCGCCACAUCCCCGUCAACAACACCACCAUCACCACCACCACCAUCACCACCUCCACCACCACCACCACCACAACGUCAUCACCACUACAACUUACAUCACCACCUGACUCACCACCACUGCCAUUCACCUCCACCAGCGCCACGUGCGGUCACACCUUCAAGUUGAUAAGUGGAGUUGGGGUGGAUGGUGGUGGUGAGAUGGAGAUGAAGGGUGGAGGAGGAGGAGGAGGAGGAGGAGGAGGAGGAGGAGGAGGAGGCAACAGUCUCAGAACAGCGGAGGAAGAGGAAGAGGAAGGAGGACAAGGAAGAGACACAAUAAAGAAAGAAAAAAACAACAGUCGGCAACCUCGAAGCACCGAUGUAAACAAACUAGUCAAAGAAAACGGAGAAGCCCCCAAAGAAAACGAGGAAUUUCAACGCGGACUCAAGCAAAAUCCACAAACUCCUGCCCCGAUGUCUACCGCAGCUACCACCACUUCCAUUACACAGGGGGCAUGGACGGGUCUCUCCUGCCCCAGCCUACCCCCCAGCUGCCCCAUAGAGUGUAAGGUGGAAGGUAUGCCCCUGUGUGAGGACCCUGAGGACCCUGCCAACGGGGACCUCACUUUCUGGGUGUAUUUUGUGGUACGGAUUGUGGGGACGUUUUUCCUGGCUUCCUCGUUCACUAUGAUGGACGCCACCUCUCUCGCCCUUGUUAAGCAACACAACGCAGAAUUUGGGAAACAGCGAAUUUUGUCAACGAUCGGCCAAGCCACGGUACCCUUGUUGGCCGGGAUACUUGUCGAUGCCCAUAGCGCCUCCGUGGGCUACAAUGACUACAUGCCGGCCAUCUACCUGGGAAGCAGUUUGGCGCUGAUUGCUACGCUGAUUGUGCUGAGGCUGGACGUCAAGGUUGAGGUGGGCAGCGAGAACAUCACGAAGGAUCUCUUCAAGCUGGUGACCAGGCUUGAGAUCGACUUGUUCCUGCUGAUGAUCCUGAUCCUGGGGUCGAACUGGGGCUUCAUCGAGAGCUAUCUCUUCCUCUACCUCAACGACCUCAACGCCCCGAACUACCUACUGGGUUUGACCCUCACAGUGGGGUGCAUCACUGGGGUACCAAUCAUGUACGUGGCGGACAAGGUCAUCGAAAAACUAGGUCGACCCGCGAUCUUCAUCCUGUCCUUCUUCACGUACUCGGCCAGGCACUUCGGAUACGCCUUCAUGAGCGACCCCUGGAUGGUGUUCCCCUACGAGCUGCUGGAGAUCUUCACCUACCAGAUCAUGUGGGUGGCGGCCGUCACCUACUGCCACGUGCUCGCCCCCCGGGGUCUGCUGGCUACCAUGACGGGGCUGGCGGGGUCUACACACUACUCCCUGGGUCGAGGUUUUGGGUCACUGUUCGGAGGGUACUUGAUCGCGCACUUCGGCAUGGCGCUGACCUUCAGGAUCUUCGGGUAUGUCUCCCUGGGCGGCGGCAUCUUCUACCUAAUCGUGCACUUCAUCUACGCCCGGAGGAAGCGCGCGAAGGGCGACGAGGAGGAGGACGAGAAGGACCCAGAGGAGGUCUUCCCCAUGAUGGACCUGGGCAUCCGAAGAGGGUCUGAAGGCUUCGCACCAUAAGGAGGAGGAGGAGGAGGAGGAGGAGGAGGUGGAGGAGGAGGUGGAGGUGGAGGAGAAGGAGGAGGUGGA